AAUGACGAUAUUUCAACCUCCAUUUAUCGAUCGAUCACAACAGUUCAAAGAACUUGCCACAUCAAUCGAGCAAAAGCACAUUAGACGGCACAAUAAGCCACCGGGAGACUACCGUCGUGAUGAAAAUCGUCCAUCUCCAGCAUUCACCAACAUUUCGAACGUGGCUCUUUCGUUUGGCGCUGAAAUGUAUCUCUUCCGUAAAAUGCUCGCAGAUCACUCACAGGACUACAUUUUCGCCAGUCGUGCCUAUUCUAAAAUGAGCCCGAUGGAACGAGAGAGCUUUGAUGAAGAUGUGAAAGAUAAACUUACUCAGUUCCAUUCAAUCAACGUGCAGCUCGGACAUCGUGUGAAUAGCAGUGAUGGGCUUCGAAAUGCGACUGAAAGAAGUCACCUUUCACGUGUUCAGGAAGGAUUGACUGUUUAUUUGAAACAAAUUAUCGCAAUGGUUUCACUUUUAAAAAAGGAGCAUCUACAGCGACUCCACGCGAAGAGCAAGUCACAGAAUCUAAUGAAAAUAGCACAAGAGGCUGGUCACGUUUACAAAUAUCACCGUGGUCUUGAAGAACUUGUUCAUGGCUCAGAGCUUGAAUUUAGUGACAAGCUUACUCACAAACUUCGAGAGAUUCAAGCAAAGCACCCAUGUAUGCAGUACAUUCCGGAAGAAGUGAACAGCGAUUAUUAUUUAGUUGAAGAAAAAUCAAAUGUAAAAAUUCAAAAAGAAGAUCUGCUAGAUGGAGAAGACGCUGGUUGGGAUGGGAUUGACGAACUUGAUGUUCUGAUUGUUCCACAAGACAAACCAGUACAAAAUCGUGCGUCUCCGAUUAUUUUUAAAGAAGAAGUUCGCAAUAGGCGUCGUGAUGUUGGUGGUGGAUACGAUGCGGAACGUGAAAGUUAUGAGAAGUGGCGAGAUGAGCAAGGAGAGCAGUUUGCCGUGGAAUUCCAACAACAAGCUGAGCUUCGAAAGAAAGAGUUUGUAAAGGAGGAUCAGGAUGACGAGAUUCUCAAGCUUCAGCAGCAUUUAACGGAGAUCGCAUCUUUACACACGGUGUUUUCAGAAAAGGUUUUGGAACAAGACCGUGAUGUUGAAUUAAUACACGAUCAUGCUUUACAUACAACCGAAAACAUUACCGACGGAAAUGAAUGGAUUCGAAAAGCUAUCACAAACUCUGGAAAACAGCGAGCAUUCCUUCUAUUUUCAAUUGUUGUACUUUCGUUCGCACUUCUCUUCAUUGACUGGUAUAACCCCUAAUAAUUUUUUGGAGAUAAUUCGUAUUUAUUACAUUUAUUCUGUGGUCUACAACAUGUUCAGUCUGGUCUUGUUUCAUAAUCAAAGAAAGUCAAUAAAUUUAGUGCAUUCAUGUAGACACUGUUGUCGCACGUCCAACGUU